AUGCCAACGCCCGGUCCAAUGCUAACGCCGCCCACCACGCUGGCAGUGGGAGUUCGAAGCUUCGUGCUGUCUCAGUUGAUUGCUGCAAGCCUCAACUCCGCAGCCAUGCAGAGCUCGUCCGUCAUGAUGUGUUUGUCCCUCCAGCUUGUGUUGCUUGCACCGCGGGCGUUCGCAGAAGCCUCGGUGCCGAUGCUCCGCGGCCUCACACGCGGCCUCGCCGAGCUUCCCAGCUGUACAGAGAAACCCAACUUCCACUUGGCACGUGCUUCGUGGUGUGGAGAGCAGAAGGAGCCCAUGGCAUGCUCCAAGGACGUGGACAGCCCCAACCCUAUCUGGGACUGCCACCUACAGGCCGAUGGUUGGUGCUCCUUGGGUGGCAGCCCUUGUGCUUGGCCUGAAGGAGCACCGGCCAGGGAGGUGUCCAGCGACUGGCAGAACCAGAACUCCCAAGGUCAAGCGACGCGCUUUGUCACCUGGAACCUUUACGUCUUCACAUUGGCCGGCCGUAUCCAUCCUGUCGUGGACGAGCUUCUGCGAAUGCAACCAGAGAUCGCGGCCAUUCCAGAGAUGUGGCACGAGAAGGGUGCCAUCCUGGAUCUGCUCAACCAGAGGUCCGGCAGCGUUUGGGCCUUUGCCACAGGAGGAGCCACCGAGCAAUUCAAUGAUGCAGACAUCUUGUUCAGGACUGACAAGUGGGAGCACAUUGCUAGCGACCUUGUUCCCUUCUCGGCAGGGCGUGCUAUUAAUUGGGCAGCCUUGAGGCGCAAGUCUGAUGGCUACACACUGAUUGCAUCUGGGACACAUCCCCUUUGCUGUCAGGGCGACUACGUCAUUACAGAGGCUGUCGAUUUCGUGACCAAGACCUUAAGUCAGGUGCAGAACCGUCAUCCGUACCCCAUCGUCCUCAUGGGGGACUUGAACACCGGCUACUUCCAGCCUUCGCAGCAGCUUUUGAGACAAGGGCAGGUUGAGGCCUUUGGGCGGCAUUGGCAAAUUCCAAUGACGUUCACAGAUGCAUGGGCCGAGCUUCAUCCCGGCAAUCCGGACCCCUCCACGAUCAACGAUGACCCGGUGCGACUGGAUUAUGUGUACUUCCAGAAGACGCCGUUUUCCGUAGGCCAGUCCAUCGUGCAGUCUCAGAUAUGGCCGCGAGCCGCAGCUCCCGCCAUGACGGCUCCAAACACGGGCUGCCUCUUCUGGGAGCUGACUCUGGAGGCCAGGACGAUGGCUAUGAAGAUGACAAAAAGUGGUGAUGACAUCGAUGACGUGGUGCUGGUGGUGGAAGAAGCCCGGGAUCCUCUGGCAGGGUUUGGGGGCGAUGGCAGCUGGUACGAGAUCGUCCCAGCGAAGGACGGCGACCUACUGAUCUUUGAGUCGUCUCGCCGCUCUACAUUGCUUAGGCGCUUCGCCGUGGCCAGCGAGACCUUCGGCGAGGGCCAGGAGCUUUCCUUGGCCGUGCAUGCGGCAGUGCCAUCCCCAGCGAGCCCCGAGAAGGCCUGCCUUCUUCACUGCCCAUCUCAUUGGGGCUCCGACCACCGGUAUGAGGUGUACAGCCUCGACACAUCGAAUCCCGACUCCUUCCCGGCUCUGGAGCCACUCUUCGUUUCGUCGGCCUCCAAGGCGGAGAAGGAAAAGCUGGUGGAGGCGGGCAUCGCGCAAAUUGCGCCCAAGCAACGGCAUGGGUUCAGCCUCGCACCGUACGACUGCAGUCUCUACUUCCUCUGUGGCCUGCAGCACUUCCCUGGUGAUGUCACGGGCUCGUUCGUCUACUGCUUCAGUUUGGAGGAACGCGAGUGGACGGAAGUGGAGUAUACUGGCACCUUCCCAGCGACGAAGCCGGGAGUGUCCUACCAGGGCUGUCGAUUUGGCCAGAGCUGCGUGGUGCAGGGGCACAGAGCUUGGAUCUUUGGUGGGUGUGUGAGCAACGAGGCCGGUGGCGUGCAGCCAACCAGUGGCCUUUUUUCCUUCGAUCUCGAGGAGCAUCACUUCGAGGAGAUUGCGGGUGCAUCGCCCAGCAACUGGCCUCCUGCAUUAACAGCCCAUUCAUCAGUGGCAUCUGACGGCAAAGUCUUCGUCUUCGGCGGUGGUGACGGCGCACAAGACGUGUACUGUUACGACGUCGGAAAGUCUAGCUGGGCACUGCUGCCACCGCUCCUCCUUGGGCCCCGACCUUGCGACGGCCGAGUCGCGCACGCCGUGGCGGACGGUUACGUGGUGGCCUACCAGCAGACGGAGGGCUCGGACCCGGCAUCCGAAGAGCCAAACGUGGGACACAGCCUUUUUCGCAUCACCCGUGAGCAGCUGAGCCGGAGGGCAGAGACAAGUGCCCGUGACUUCCGAGACCGCAAGCCCGAGGGGAUGAGUGAGCUCGACUUUCUCCUGGAUGAGGCGACCGCGGAUGCAGCCUUUCUCAUCGACGAUACGAGGCUCCCCGUUCACCGCGCCGUGCUGCGUCGCUUCGCGCCUGCGCUGGCGAAGGUGGUGGCAGAAAAGCCUGUUGUGGCACUGAAUGGAAAGGGUGUGACCAUUCCAGCAGUGCAGCAGCUGCUUCAGCAUGUCUACUCCCGCUACAUGGACCCUGUCAGCCCUGCGGAGGCGGAAAUGCUUCUGAAACUGGCACAUCACUUCCAGCUGAUGCCAUUGGUGCAGCUUUGUCAGGAGAACAUA